UCCACUCCCUCCUGCAGAGGAGACCCAGGAAGGACCAGCUCCGCGAGUCCAACACCAGGCACGGCCCCCAGGAAAGGCAGAGUCCAAGUGGUCCCCCAGGCUCAGCUUCCGCCCACCCGCCCGCCCGCCUGCCCAGGCUUCCUCUUCUGCCCCUGCUCACUACCAGUCACAGAGUCAGGGAAUGAGCCUGUCCCAGGGCAGCUGCAAGUGUCGCCUGGGCAGAGAUGCUCCCGAUGCUGAUUUUCGCCAUGCUGUGGGGUGGUGAGUGGGCUGAUGGCCAUAAGGACCAGCAUGGGAGCCAGGACUCUGGAUACUCACUGGCAGUGCCGGGGGUGGUGACGGUGCCAGAGGGCCUGUGUGUGCUCGUGCCCUGCUCCUUCUCGUACCCCCGUGAUGACUGGAGUAACCAAACUCCAGCUUAUGGCUACUGGUUCACUGAAGGAACAGAAACGACCCAUGGUCGUCCAGUGGCCACAAACAGCUUGUCUCGAGUGGUGGAAUCAGAGGCCAAGGGCCGAUUCUCCCUUGUGGGCAAUCCCCAGGAGUAUAGCUGCACCUUGCAGAUCAAAGAUCCACGGAGGAAAGACAGCAAACAGUACCAUUUUCGGAUUGAGAGAGGCAGAUCCGUGCAAUAUAAUUUUGUGACUAAGAAGUUUUAUCUGAAUGUGACAGCCAGGACACAGAAGCCAGCUGUGUAUGUCCCAAAGACCCUGGAGCCUGGGCAUCAGGUGACAGCCAUCUGUGUGUUUGACUUGAACUAUGAACAAUGUCAAGCCCCUACCUUCUCCUGGAUGGGGGCUGCCCGCUCCUCCCACCAAAUCAGUCUGACCUCCACCCGUGUCUCAGUGCUCACCUUCACGCCCAGUUCUGAGGACCAUGGUGCCAGCCUCACCUGCCGAGUGCACUUCCCCAGAGAGCAUCUGACCUUCGAAAACAGUGUCCAGCUUAACGUGGCCUAUGCCCCCAAAGUCCCGGUGAUCAGCAUUUUCCAAGAGGACGGAUCAGCCCAGAUGCUCGAGGGAGACAGCCAACCUCUGAAAGUCCAGAAAGGCCAGUCCCUACGGCUGCUCUGUGAGGCAGACAGCAAUCCCCCUGCCACUCUGAGCUGGGCCCUGGAGGACAGAGUCCUCUCUAGGUCCCACCCCUCAGGGUCUCGGAGCCUGCAGCUGGUAUUGCUUAAGGUGAAGCCUGAGGAUGCAGGACGCUAUACUUGCCGAGGAGAAAACGGGCUUGGCUUCCAAAGCCGCACGCUGAACCUCUCUGUGCAGUAUGCCCCUGAGAACCUGACAGUGAUGGUCUCUCGAGCAGAUGGGACAGUCCUGGAAAACCUCAGGAAUGGCGCGUCUCUCCCCAUCCUGGAGGGCGAAAGCCUGCGUUUGCUCUGUGUUGCCCACAGCAACCCGGCAGCCAGGCUGAGCUGGACCCGGUGCGGGGAAUUUCUGAGCUCCUCCCAGCCCUCAGACCCUGGGGUCCUGGAACUGCCUCGGAUACAAAUGGAGCAUGGAGGCGAAUUCAUUUGCAAAGCUUCGAACCCGCUGGGAUCCCUCCAAGCCUCCUUGCAUCUCUCUGUGCGCUACCCCCCACGGCUGCUGGGACACUCCUGCUCCUGGGAGGACGAGGGUCUGCGUUGCAGCUGCUCCUCCCGAGCGGAGCCGGCCCCCUCGCUGCGCUGGCGGCUGGGGGAGAUGCUGCUGGAGGGGAACCACAGCAACGACUCCUACACGGUCACCUCCAGCUCAGAGGGACCCUGGGCCAACAGCUCCCUGAGCCUCCGCGCGGGGCUCAGCGCCGGCCUCAGGCUCAGCUGCGAGGUUGGGAAUGUCCACGGGGCCCAGAGCGCCAGUGUCCUGCUGCUGCCAGAAAAGAAAGGCCUCAUCUCAAAAGGAUUCUCUAGAGGUGUACUUUUGGGCACUGGCGUCACCACCCUCUUCAUCCUCUGCCUCAUCCUGGUCUUAGUGAAGAUUCUGAGAAAGAAACAGACCCAGGCAGGGACUCCGACGCAGGCAGGGACUCCGCCGACCCAGGCUGAGACUCCCGCCCAACCAGAGACUCAGAGGCUCAGGGUCACGAGGAGGAGCACCAUCCUGGAUUACAUCAACGUGGUCCCUAACACCGGUCACCUGGCUCGGAAUCGGAGGGCCAAACCCAGCAGUCCUUCCAGGACCCCUCCUGCAGAUGCUAACCCCCCAGGACCCAAAUCAUCCCGUCCAGCCCCAGAAUCAGGGAACAACAAAGAAGAGAUUCAUUACGCUGCCCUCAGCUUCUCCGGCCUCAGGGCACAGGAGACCCAGGAGUCCAGGGACAUUGGCUCAGACUAUGCAGAAAUCAGGUUCCACUGAGGGCCCACUGGGCUGUGGGGUGGGGAUCCAGGCUGGGGUGGAAAGUCAGGGUCAUGGAGAGGAUAAGGAAAAGGGGGCAGAGUCUCUUUCUCUGUCUUUUUUAAACUUCUCCCAGGAUGGGCCAUCCCAUCCCAGGCCUGACAUUUGCAACCGCUUGACAGCUCUCUCCAGAGUGACCUUCUCUGGAUACACUCUUCUGCAAAGAUAAACAUUUUGUGUGACAAACCAAGGCACCAGAUUAUUCACAGGGUCACUUUUCUACAAGGUGGAAGAACCAUUAACAAUGGCUCAACAUACCGCUCAAGAGCCAAGACUGUUUUUACAGUUUAAACAACUGUGGGGUGUUGGGAGAGAGUGGCCCUGGCUGGUGUGGCUCAGUGGAUUGAGCACUGGCCUGCAAGCCAAAGGGUCGCUGGUUCAAUUCCCAGUCAGGACACAUGCCUGGGUUGUGGGCCAGGUCCCCAGUAGGGGGCGCAUGAGAGGCAACCAAUCGAUGUGUCUUGCACAUUGAUAUUUCUCUCCCUCUUUUUCUCCCUCCUUUCCCAUCUCUCUAAGAAUAAAUAAAUAAAAGAUUUUUAAAAAACAAUAAACAAAUAAAUGGUUGGGGGAAUCAGAUGGUUGGGUGGUGCAUAAAAAUAUGAAAUACAAAUGUUAGCAUGUCCAUUAAUAAAGUGUUAUUGCAGAGCAGCCAUGCCCAUCCUUUUAUGUAUGGUCUUCUAUGGCUGAUUUCAUGCAGAGUUGAGUUGUCAGCCUGCAAAGCCUAAGAUAUUUAGCAUCUGGUCCUUUACAGGAAAAGUUUGCGUAUCUUAAAGUAAACUCACCCAGUUAUUUUUACCGAAUGGGGAAAUGGAAGCAGUUUAGAAAUGGGUCAAGAGUAGCCAGGGCCAGGGUGACCAGCUGUGGGACCAGGUGGGUGGUUUAUAGGGUAAGGAUGUCGCCUCUCUUACCCACCCAGGGUGGGUAGGAGAGGCAACAUGGAAGUUGGGGGUGAAUGUGUUGUCGACCUGAAAACCAAGAGAAGAGCACCAACCAGCUGGUGAAGAGAAGGAGGAGGGGUUGUUUCUCACUGCAAAGCAUGUUUCUUCCCUUCCUCCUUCCCUGGAGGUCAUAGUUGUGACUGUUUCAUAGACAGUCUUCUUGGGGGAUGGUUUUCAGUCAGGCAGAAAACUGGAAAGCCCAGAAAAGAUGCUGGCCUUUGUAUCCAAAAAAAAAAAAGUGAUGUUACACAUUGAAAAGCAGCAAGAACUGGAAAAAAAGUAGAAAUAAAAUAGAAGAGGUUACAAGUAAAGCUAAGAAAAAUAUGCAUUCAAGCAGGUCAUAUUGGGUUUUAUCAGCUCACACACUCAACUUAAGUGGCAGUGUCAUAAUAAGAGGAAAGGGGAGAAAGGAAAUUCAUUUUUUUCUUGUUAAAAAAUUUUUAUUGUUGUUCAAUUACAGCUGUCUUCAUUUUCUCCCAUUCAUUUCUCCCCUGCUUUACCCACCCUCACCUUCCACAUUUAGUCCUCCCCACUACCCCCUGUUGGCUUUGUUCAUGGAUCCUUUGUAACUGUUUCUUGACAACUCUUCCCCUUCUUUCCCCGGUUAUCCCCCCCCCCCCCAGUUACUGUCAGUUUGUUCUGCAUUUCCAUGUCUCUGGUUCUAUUUUGCUCCCUUGUUUGUUUUGUUGAUUAGGUUGAUGUGAUCUUAUAGGUAAGAUCACAUGGUAUUAGUCUUUCACUUCCUGGCAAGGAAAUUCAUAUUUUAAGUGCCUCCUACGUAUCACACUCAGUCAAUUAUUCAUAGUUAUGUCCUCUGAUGAUGACUGGGGUGUACCAUAAAGAGUAUCUAUGUUGUAAAGAUAUCUGAGACUCAGAGAAGUGAGUUAAUUUACCCAAAGCCACACAGGACAGUAGCUGGCUGACUCUGAAACCACAGCUUCUCCUACCCUUCCCUGUACUUCUCAACCCUUCCUGUAGGGGGUGCUCUUGAGUGAAAAGGACUCAAAAUAGCAGGCCAAAACCCAAGCAGGACACUCUGCUUGUCUCUGGGGAGAAACUGAGACAUAAAAGCCCCAUCUCUGACCUAGCUUGUAGUCAACAGGAUCAAGAUAACAGGGGGUUAGAGGGAGAGGCAAAAAGGUAGAAGAGAUUAAGAAGUACAAAUUGCCAGUUAUGAAAACCAUCAUGGGGAUGUAAAGUACAGCACAAGAAAUAUAGUCAAUGAUAAUUGUAAUCACUAUGUAUGUACAAUGUAUGUAUGUCAGGUGGGUACUAUAAUUAUUAGGGGGAUCACGUUGUAAGGUAUAUAAAUGUCUAAUCACUAUGUUGUACAUUUGAAAUUAAUAUAAUAUUGUACAUCAACUAAGUAAAAAUAAAUUUUAAAAAUGAAGCUAUUUCAUUGGAAUAAUGCACAUCUUUGUAAAACUCAGUCAAUAUUUUACAUGGUCAUUUCUAUCAUGUAUUGCCCUUUAAAAUUUUUCUAUAUAUAAUGCUUUAUAAUCUUCCAUGUAGCAGCCAUUGAUAUCUUUAUUACAUUUCUCUUGAGGUAUUUGGUAUUUUGGGGGUUCUAUUAAAAACAAUAUAUUUCUUUCUAUGUCAUUUUUUGGUUGAUUCUGGUAUAUAAAAAUGCACUUG